AACACUCAACCUCUGCUCGUCGAUCGCUUCGUUUCAUCCCUCUCUAUACUGUUUUCAUCCACUCGGAAAACAUCCCGGUGGCAUUGGAUAUACCGACUACAACAACGCACUAUCUCGCUAUCUUGCGCCGAUCUUCUUGACUUUGUAAUCGGACAGGCACUGAUGCCUUUCCCGUUUACCUUCAACUUUGCAGUCCCGGGCCUGAACCCUUUCGCUGCGGAAUCUCCGGCGGAGAAUUUCACGCACGCUGAGCCGUCGGGGCAUAGUUCGCAACAAGCGCGAGCUCGGCCCGCCCGCCCGACCAAUGUCCAUGAACGACGCCCCUCUCCUGCUCCGCCAACGACGCGGAAGCGUGGUUGGGACCCUUCGCUCGCAGAACCGAGCCAUUCAAGUACCACUCUCGCAUCACCAAGCGGCUACCUGGACACACCGGCGAAGUACAGGGAGAUGGCUUCCAGGCAGUCGGGAGACGAUUUUGAGCUGGAGGACAUGAAUGUCGUGGAUGACUCAGACCUUCCGCCACCCGCCAAACGCCGCCGUACCCUUGCUGGCUCCAUCGUUUCAACGGCUGUCAGCGCGGCACUGAUUGGGACGGCGGUUGGCUUGACCGUCUAUCGUUUAUGGAGAGAUCGAGGCAAAGAAGCGGAACCUUCACAAGUAGAACCUGCGCCUCCCCCACCAUACAACGAAGGCGCUUGGAAGUUAGACCAACAGCAGUCACAUGCCAUUCACGUUACUCCGCCUACUCCCUCUAUCACCCCCCGGCGGAGGAAAGUCCGGCAUAGUGUUGGUCCUUCGACAACAACGCGGCGGCCACUUCACCGUUCUCGACCAUCGGUCAAUCAAUCAACCUUCAAUCCCGUGUUUACCGCCAAGUCUCCGCUCAGCGUUGCUGCGACUGAAGGAGAACCUGAAGCUUCGGUGGAAGAUCAGAUGGACUGGAUGGGUGACCAGCUGUCCCAACUGAUUAAGGAAGGACAGCGCGCUCUACGAUCGGAAGUUGUGGUGAAGAGUGAAGUACAAGAAGACGAGGUUGACGAUGGAUCUGGGCUCUGGGAAGAAGACGACGGCGGGGUAUAUGGCACCUCCGUGUCCCGUUCAGCUUCCCCGCGGCAACGAAAACGACCUCGAAAUGGGCUUGCCCUUGCCCCGCCAUCAUAUAGCUCGCGCCCGUCCUCUGCAUCUCCGCGCACUACCCGCUUCGAAUUUGGGUCAUUACCCGCGUCCUCUCCCAACUGGCGGACAGAUGAGCCAAGCAGCAGUACCUCAGAGUUUGGUGUGCGGAGUGAGGCGGGCGAUGAGGGCUCGUGGGAAAGUCCGGAACUGCGAGAGUCGAUGAGGAAGGCGAGGGAACGUAUAUUGGCAAUGAGGAAGGCAGGAUGA